AUGAAUAAUCUUCCCUUUCAGAAGCUCCUCUCCAGUUUAUCUAGACCUUUCAUGAGUUUCGCAGAUAUGGUUGGCGUUUCUCGCUCGGUCUACAUGUUGGACCGAGACCAAGCGGAGACUCAACGUCUCAAUAACCAGCAUCGCUUUCUUGUCGAUCUCUCCAACCUCAUACAUCCGUCGAUUCCAAAAGACCAACUUACAGCAGUGGCUGAUUUGGGCACUGGCACUGGCAUCUGGCUCGAAGAUGUCGCCGAUCUCCUCCCCAACAAGUCAGUCUACCUUCACGGCUUCGACAUCUCCUCAACUCAGUACCCACCACUUCACGAGAUCCAACGACCUGGCCAAAACCCAAUCCCAUUAAGUGUCCACAACGCACUGGUCCCAUUUCCAGCGGAGCACCGUGGCCGAUAUGACCUCGUACACAUCCGACUCCUCACCGCAGGCCUGAAACAAAUUGACUAUAUACGGGUGCUUGCCAACGCGCGUGAUUUGCUCAAACCAAAUGGAUGGAUCCAGUGGGAAGAAGUUGACCACACAUCGUUCUGCACAGACGCAGUUCCCGAGCCAGAAGUGAUAACCCGACUGCGUGAAUGUGUGAUCGAAGCCAUGCUGAAGAUGGGCCUGUGGCCUUUCGCUCCACAGCGUGUGUUCGACGAGAUUUCCACUAAUGGGUUUGCCGAUGUCGUCCGGGAGACUUAUACCACUGCUGGGAAGGAGUAUCUGCAGCCUAUCGCACAGAAAUGGGUCGCUGGUGUGAUGCGUGCUCUCGUACCGCCUUGCAUGGUUGUUAUUGAUCAAGCUGAGGAUAUCACACAGGCGCGUGAGAUGGCUGAUCAGUCGGUUCGUGAGUUUGAGGCCCAUUGUGAGACUGCAACGGCGCUGGUUAACUUCGGGAUUACUGUUGGUCGGAGAGUGAAUUGA